AUGUUAUAUCUAUCAUUUCAGAUCACGAAGGAUUUGAUAACAAAUUGGAUAAAAUGAUGCAGAAACUCGAAAGUAUAGACUCGAAUUUGCAACAAGGAAAUUCAGUAGAUGUUCCAGCUGUUGAAAUUGUCAUUGAAGUAAAAAAUUGCACAGCUGACAAAGAAGCUAAAGUACUGGAGUUUUUGGUCAAACGUUUGAACGAACUGAUAAACAAUCAGGAAUCUGGCUUGGAGGAGGAUGUGCCAAAUGGUGUUUUGCACAAAAUAAGAGAAAUAUUACAGCAGACAUUAAAAGAUUUAUUUGCUCUGGGUAGGCAUAUUAUCAGGGUGGAGCAAAAAUGUAUCUUACUGCAUAUAAAAUGUACAUCUCUUACCUCCCUUAUCAGUCUUUUACGUGACUACAGAAGUGGCCAGCUUACACGUCAGCUCCAUGGACUUCAGACAGCUUUUAGGUUGUUUGACGGUUGUGAAGAUGUUGAAAUUGAUACUAUCAUCUUUCAAGACGCAUUCUGGAAGGUUAUGGACGAACUAGUUGUGAAUCUAGAGGAACGAGCUUACAGGCGGCAAUAUGCUCUUCAUCCUAGCCGUUCUCAUACGGAACUUAGUAAUGGAAGAAGUUUGACUGAUUUGAAUGGUUCCAGGAUAAAUGGUCUAGAUGAUAUUCGUUUUACGGACAACACCCACCAAGAAAACAGAACAGGGGAGAAAAAAUCUAUUCGUAUUAUUUUACCAACGGCGACUCAUUCCGAUCAGAAACAACUGAAGGAAUAUUUCGAAACAGGUGUUAUUGAUCAUGGCAUGGGGCUUUUACAAGAAGAAAUUGGACAGCAGCUACAAAUAUCCAAUGUGUCCAUUACUGCAAAGCUAGUUCAUGGAGGUUGUGAGAAAAAAGCUGUUUUAGAUGGUCAUCAAAUUGAAAUUCCAAACUUUCCACAAGAUCAUAAUACUCUGAAUAACGUGGACGGUUCAGACUCUCCUGAAGAAGUUGACCCCGUGGCAUGUCUUCCUUAUGAAAGUCUUCAUGACAUUUCCAGCUUUUCCGUUAAAAAUGAUGAAGAAUUUGAUUCUCAAUGCAUUCCGAGAGGGAGCGAAUACAGCAGCUCAAGUCAUGGCGAUGUUUUAAACGUUGAAAGAGACUUGAAACAAACAGGACAGCUGAUAGAAGACAGUUAUAAGGCUUUGAACUUCCAGACUAGGAAAGAUACGAGAAAGAAAGUUUUGCUAGCGAUGGAAAGCGUGGACAAUUUGUUCAACAGCCACAGUGGAUCUGUCGGAGAUCAGACAUUGUCGGAUUGGUAUGAAGAUUGUGCAUUCAUUUUAAAUCAGGUUGAAGAAUACAUGAUAGCGACACGAUGCUAUUACAAAGCUACUGUUUUAGAUAGUAACUGGAGUAGUGGAAGACAUUCUUUUAUGUCAGAUAUGCUCUGGGGCCUAACGUUUCUUUGCCUAUUGGAAAGUGUGCAAAGUUACAAGAACCUUGGUUCUUUGCUUACUGAAGUAGAGAAAUUAGCAAUACAUGCUGAACAACUCGAGAAAUGGUCUGUCUGUGCGGCAAUUGACGAGGACCUUAACAAAGUUUAUUUCUAUCUGCGACAGUUUAAAGGUGCAAGAAACAUCAUCAAGCUUCCAAAAGCAAGAGAGCCGUCUCUACGACGUUUAGCAAGAUGCUAUUAUAAGAUGGGUCUUCACAACUAUACCAGGCAGUACUGUAUCAAAAUCCUCAAAGAUACUUGUGAUUACGAUGACGCCGAAGCGCUAGAGAUCUGGGCCCGGUCAUUGUUUGAAACAGGAGAUUAUAGCAUUGCUCUUGAUAAAUGUCAACUAGCUAUGAAGUACUGCAAGGAUACUGACGUGGAAAGACUUCAAAUAUUUCGAUCAGAUAUUCAGAGUAGGCUGAAUAAAGAAGAUAUAGAUCCAACAAACCCAGACAUGGAAUGGUUGGCAGGAACAAAUGUCGACAUCAAGGAUAAGGUCAUCAAAGAGCCGUGUGAACAGAAAGUCAAAACGAGACAUUAUCGACCAAAAGCAAAAGAUCGUUCAAAGAACACAACGUAUUCCUUACCAGCUCGUCGAAAGGAAAAAAUAGAGCAGGAAACAGUUGUCAGGGCGGAUUUUACUGGGAAAGAUGUACAGAAAGAUAAAAUUAAACUUCAUCCAGACAAGAGUAUGCCGGGGCGUUCACGAAAUUCCAGUUUAUGCAGUACAGCUACAACUGAAACAGAUAUCUCAGCCAUAUCUGAGACUUGGCUUAACAACAGUUCAUCAGAUUCAGAUGUAGAUGAAACUUGGCGCGACGACAUUGUAGGAUUUUCGGAAAGCGAAAAUUAUGAUUCAAUCAGUAUACCCGAAUAUAACCAUGAAGAAGAGGAAAUGGAAGAAAAUAUGUCAUAUUAUGAACACAGCUACAAAUUUCAUAUUAAAAACGAACAAAGUGCAUACUCGAAGGAAGUAACGAAAAAUGAAAACUUGUUGAAGAACGGUAUAUUCCUUAACCAAGAUUAUCUAGAUAAAUUUGUGAAAGACAAACACCCUAGUGUUCGCAAAAGGGAGGAAUUUUACUCCUCUGAACCCAGUAAGGAGCAGCUGCAACAGAAGCUCAAUCAAGAUCCACAAAAAUACGUCAAGUGCGUAUUACAUAACGAAGGCUCACAUGAAGCAUUUUGUACGCCUACAGAUUCAGCCAGCGAAAUAAGUGUUAUAGAAAUAACGGGAAGAUCAAAAAUUGGACAGGCGUUUGAUGAUGACAUAGUAGUUGUAGAAUUACUUGAUGAUAAGAUUUCGAAAGAUAAAAGAUAUGGCAAAGUUUUAGGUGUCUUGGACAGACAAAGACAUAAAGAUGUAAAACAUCCAGUAUUUAUUUGUACUUUAGACGACAUGGAUCAUCUCGUGAGACCAGUGUGUAAGACAAUACCAAAAAUCCACGUCCUAGACAGAGAAAUCUCUAACAAAUAUAAAACAGCUAAAGAAAAACUGUACAAAAUUGAACUUUAUCAAUACGAUGAAGAUAAUGGUGUUUUAUGCAAUCCUUGUAUAUUCCACAUAGAUCCAGCAAAGAAAGAAUCCUACAUCUGCUUGGUGGCGUAUAUCAAUUGGGGGAAUCGUCAUGUUUACCCAAGAGGUGCUGUCCUAAAAAUGCUUCCAUCUGGCAGUGAUGUGUAUUCGGGAUUAAGUAUUUUAAAUCUUAAGUAUUUAGUUCCCCGGCUGUACGAUAGAGAAACAGUAGAAAUGGUUGCAAAAAUGAUAGCCGAUGAGGUCGAUGAACCAGCUGAACAUCAUUUACUUGACAGGGCGGACUUCACAAAAAUGAAUAUAUUCGCAAUUGGUAAAGCAGAAAUAAGCUAUGCAUUUAACAUCGAAACGCUAGAUAACGGAUAUAAAAUUGGUGUACAUAUUGCCGAUGUUGCAACGUAUAUACCAAAGGACUCAUCAGUUGACAAAGAGGCAAAACGCAGAACAACUACAUUUAGUUCAGAGAUAAGAAAACAAAGAACCAUGAUACCAGAACCACUUCGUGCGAAGUUCUGUCUCCAAACAGGUAAAAGGAGAUUAACACUAUCUGUAUUUCUAUAUGUAACAAAGUCAGGUCGUCCUAUGCAAAUGGUUGGGAGCAAUUAUGAAAUUGUAAAAUCGUACAUAAAAUGCAAAAGACAUUUUACAGAAGAUGAAGCCCAGACUGCAGUGAAGGACCCAGCUAGAGAAAAUGAGGGAACGGAGGAUAUAAAAACUCUUUUCCGUGUAGCCUCGUUUGCAAGAUCGUGCCGACUCGGAAAUGCAAAGUAUUCAUUGGACUGGAAAGACACCCAUCAUGAUACAAUCAAGCCUAAAGAUGCAGUCAAAGAAUGCUUGAUUAUGGUUAACAAGAAGGUUGCUGAGAGAAUACUUAGGUCAUACAAACAGACUGUUCCGAUUUAUUACAAACCGGCUCCUGCUAAAGAUGCAAUAGAGCGUUUUCUGAAAAAGUAUAAUACUUACAUUGAUAGUUUACUUAGACUCCAAGACAAACAGAUAGGUCCAAAGAUGCCAAAAUUAAGUGAGUGUAGAUUGUCUUCACAAACUGUGUUUUUGUCUAAAACAGUUUGGGAAGCAAUAGCCGCCUCUCCAAAAAAUGCUUCGCAGUAUAUACAAAAAGAUGAGCUCCAUCCCUUGCAAGUUGCAGUAUGUAGCUCUUGGCGUUCUAUUCAGAAAGAUUGGGAAUUGAAGUGUUCCGGAAGUCUACAUAAAGCAGAAGUUAACCAAACUUCAUUUACAAACUUCACUUCACCAUUAGACAGUUACAGUGAUCUCAUCAUGCAACGACUCAUACACUCCGCUGUCUUUCAGAAAAAGGUGUGUCCUUAUACGCGAGAGGAGAUAGACAGUCUUUGCCUUCACAUGAAUUCUGUCUUCAAAAGAGCGAGGCAGUAUAACAAAGAGUGCAGAUUAUUACAGGAAGCAUCCAAAAUGAAACGGGAUCAUGUUAUGAUCAAUUGUUCUGUCGAAGAAAUCAGCGAAAAAGGUUUAACAUUAUGUUCACCUUUUAUGACAGACAUUUUUAUGGCAAACAAAGAAAUGCCAUUUCACGUUUUAAACUUGUCUGCAAAACCGUUUGUGUUUGAAGACCAUCUUACAAAGUGGGACGAAGUAAAAGUAGUAUGGCGGAAACGGCUGUAUGAUUUCAACGUGCAUGUAAAGAAACCAUCUGACAGAGGGCAGGAGCUUCAGUUGAAUCCGUAUGAGGGAGUUGUGACUCUACCUCUACACCAGUGGGCAAAACUAUUACAACUGUUGGUAGGACCAGAUUCCGAAGGCCUAUCUCGAGCUAUUAAAAAGGCAAACGUCUCUCAUCAUGAGGGAUUAGAGGAUGUUAGUACAGAAUGUAUUGAUACGCUCGAGAUAGAACCUUAUACAACAUUCUCCAUGAUAUUUUAUGUUGGCAAGCAAGUUAAGAUUCAGUUCUCACCAGCAUUUCUUGGCGGAAUGAUAACUCCAAAACCGAUGGUUUACGAUAUGACAAAUAACGUAAAAUUUUGUUUGCAACACACUGAAGAUCCAGUUUUACAUUUGUACAAGUAUUCCAAAAAUACUACAUGUGACAAGUACAGCUCUGUAUACGAUUACCUAGACAGUUGGAUUCCAAUUUUGUUGAUGGAAUCCGCCACAGGAGUGUGUCGUAACGAAGAGUCAUGCAAUAUUAGCAAUGUUCCUGUAAAACUGAGUAAGAAAAGAAAAAGAAAAGGUGCAUUCUGUUUGAGUUUGGCGCACUGUGAGAUUAGAAAUAUAGAGUUUUCUGGAACUAUUUCUGACGAUGAUGAAGACGAAGGUGAUGUUGUCGGUGCCACUUCUUUCGACUGGCUAUGCUUGAAAGCAGUCGUGCCUACAGAUGCUCAAAUAGAAGGAACAAUGCGAGCGAUUCAGCAACCGUAUUCAAUUUGGGUUGGCCAUGCUGAUAUUACAAAUGUUAAAAAAUCAAAAGACGCUGUACGUGGUGGGAAACUUACUGUUUCUUUUACGUUAUGUAACAAUUCACCAGAUUUCCCAUCAGCUUUUUACCAAGAGGGAUCAACUAUCAGGGUCAACAUAGAAAUACUGCGCAAAACAGAGGUGGACAGGAGAACGGAAAGCUUCAUCAAAAUGCUCCCAAACGUAGAACGUUCAUUGGCGGCUGACAUUGCCUUAAACUUACCGAUUUGCGAUUUAGAUGAUAGCCGAAAACAUAUUGUCAGCCAUAUAGACCGUGAUCUGUAUUUAGAUUACAAUACUGUGAAUCCCAGGAAUCGACCACUUCCACCAAACAACAUAAAACAACAGCAGGCGAUUGACAAAGCUUUGAUGGCACGGUUUUCAUUAAUACAAGGUCCUCCAGGAUCUGGAAAAACAUACACUGGUAUCAAACUGAUAUAUCUUUUCAACAAAACAAACGAAUUCCUAUAUAAGGAAGGACAUCCCAGGAAGCAAGUCCUGUUUUGUGGACCGUCGAAUAAAUCAGUGGAUUUAGUUGCAAAGUGGAUGUUAAAUCGGAUGGGUAAACACUGUCCGAAAUUUGUGCGUGUUUAUGGCAGAUCUAUCGAGGCGAUUGAUUUUCCUAUACCAGGAAGGACAUUUCAGUCAAAGAGAAGUACAAGAAGCCAGGAAACUCCGAAAGCGGUGUAUCCAGUGGCUCUACAUCAUUUAAUACGAAAAGAUGGAAGAAAAUACGCGAAACAAAUCAAGGAACUUGAUCAGUUGUUCAAAGAUAAUGCAUACAAACCAAUGCCGAUAGAAGUGAAAAAAUAUGUUCACUUAGUGAGAGAAGCUUCAAUUGAUGAAAUUCGAAAGUAUGAUGUAAUUCUCUGUACAACAGCAGUGGGUUCAAAUCCAAAGGUUUUACAGGCAACUGAUGUUCAUCAGGUCAUCGUCGAUGAAGCUGGAAUGUGUACAGAACCACAGUGCCUUGUUCCAAUAAUUGCCACAAAAGCUGAACAAGUAGUACUGAUAGGAGAUCAUAAACAACUGAAACCGAUCAUCAUGUGCAAAGAAGCUUCGCUCCUUGGACUGGAAACGUCAUUGUUCGAACGAUAUGCAAAUUGCAAACAUGUUGCAUUUACAAUGCUGGAGGAGCAAUAUCGCAUGAAUCCCAACAUUUGUAAAUUUCCAUCACAAGAAUUUUAUGAAGACUCACUUAUUACGAGGCCUGGACUUUGGCUUAGUAAAAGAACGGAAAUUUGGCCAAAGAUGGAUAAUAAUGUUUAUCCUCAUGUGUUUGUUCACGUUGAGGGAGAAGAGAAAAUACUCACAGUCUCUACAGAGGAUGGUAAUGAACACUCGAGGAGCAAUUCAGAAGAAAUUGAACAUGUGGUCAAUGUUUAUUCAUAUCUGGUUGGAAUGAAACAAUCACACGAGAGUGUACAGAUUCUAUCCCAAUACAAUGCACAGUGUGCAGAAAUUAAAAGAAAGUUGAAAGAGAAACGUUUCGAUGUUAGCGACGAAAGUGUGAGCACAGUUGUUUCAAGCCAAGGAGGAGAAUGGGAUUAUGUGAUAUUCAGCACAGUCCGAUCUCUUCCUGAAUAUAAAAUAGAGAAAAGACCGACUCUUGGCUGGUGUAAGCAUAACUUGGGCUUUAUUACGGACAGAAAUCAGAUCAACGUUGCCAUUACAAGGGCUAGGAAAGGCCUUGUAAUAAUAGGAAAUACAAAGCUUUUAGCUUGUGAUUCUGUUUGGAAAAAUCUGAUUUCGCAUUAUGAGAUGAGAGGGUGUAUAAAAACAACAGAGCAGUUCCCACCAAUGAUGACACGUUUCAGCCAGUUAUUGAAAACUUAAGACAGUGCAGUGCAAGAGACAUAACAUGUACAUGAUUUCAAGCAAGCUAAUUCAGAUCCUCUUUUAUUACAAUGUUGCAAGGUUUUUUAUAUGUACAGCUUCGACUUAAGUGCAAAAAUAUAUAUAUAUAUAUAUAAAAAAUUAAGUGACUUCAAACCGCUUAACAAUUAUCAUGUAAAAUAGCGCGACAUUAGUGUGUGAGACGUAGAUACAAACUAGUUUGUGAUAUCAUUUAAUAGUAUUUUUACUUCUUUAAUUUCAUUACUAUAAAAUUCUUACCUGUUGUGCAAUGUUAUUUCAAUAAUCAUGACAUGAAUGAUCAACUUAUUACAGUCAUGUUUAUCGAGUUCUAAGGGAUAUUUUAUGUUUUUCGCUGAAUGUGUUGUUAUAAUAUAUACAUUUUAUAUAAAUUUGACAGUACAUAGUAAUUUGAAAUGCAUUUUGUUUAUAAUUGUUAUUCGUUGUUUUAAUUGAAACGUAUGAUUACGACUUUAUUUCGGAAAAAAUGUUUUACUCAUUAAUACGUAUGAAUUGGACUAACCGGUCUGUAAACCUUUACUUCAACACGAGGUUGCAGUAUGACCAAUUUGUAUUAAGAAAUAUAUUACAAAAGAAUUAAUACAUGAACAUAUAAAAGAAAUGUUUUCUUUAAAAACAACGUUAGUUUUUUGAUGCCCUGUUUCAGGAGAAAUGUCUACAAGGCCUGCAAAUCAAAUUCAUUCGUAUUUAUAAUUUUGUGAUGCCAGUGAUAUGUGAAAGUAAAAUUAUAAUUACAAGUUUUAAGGAAGUACACUGUGGAACUGUGAUGAACAAAUCGGUAAUAUAUUUGACCACUUUCGAGACUUACGCUUUUUAUAAGUAUAUUGAUUUAUUACUUAGUCUACACGUAUGAACAACUGAUAUAUGUGUCUUAUUACAUACUCGGUUUUUGUCUCCUUUAAGUUACCGUGAACUGAAAGCGUCAAUAUUUUUCCAUAUUGACAUCUGAAUUUCAUAUCGGGUGGGUGACGACAUUUUAAUGUGUGUCAUGUUUCAUAAUACAGCUGAGCGUGAUGUCUUGAGAAAUUUUACUAUAGAUAGGCAUAUGAGUUGGAUUUAAUGUAAGUGCUAUAUCUAUUAUCAGUACCAUGAAAAACUUUAACAGGUAAAACAGAACUUCAUAUCAUUUGCAAAGAUGUGUAGUCGGUAGUAGGAAACAUUACAAUGUUGCAAAGUGUUUUUUUUAUAUGUACAGCUUCGACUUAAGUGCAAAGAUAAAAAACAAACUAUAAAAAAUUAAGUGACUUCAAGCCGCUUAACAAUUAUCAUGUAAAAUAGCCCGACAUUAUUGUGUGAGACGUAGAUACAAAACUAGUUUGUGAUAUCAUUUAAUAGUAUUUUUACUUCUAGUUUAAUUUCAUUACCAUGAAAUUCUUAACUGUUGUGCAAUGUUAUUUCAAUAAUCAUGACAUGAAUGAUCAAUUUAUUACAUGUUUAUCGAGUUCUAAGGGAUAUUUUUUUUGUUUUUCGCUGAAUGUGUUAUCAAAAUAUAUACAUUUUAUAUAAAUUUGACAGUACAUAGUAAUUUGAAAUGCAUUUUGUUUAUAAUUGUUAUUCGUUGUUUUAAUUGAAACGUAUGAUUACGACUUUAUUUCGGAAAAAUUGUUUUACUCAUUAAUACGUAUAAAUUGGACUAACCGGUCUGUAAACCUUUACUUCAACACGAGGUUGCAGUAUGACCAGUUAAGAAAUAUAUUACUACAGAAUUAAUAUAUGAACACAUAAAAGAAAUGGUUUCUUUAAAACAACAAUAAACAACGUUAGAUUUUUGAUGCCCUGUUUCAGGAGAAAUGUCUACAAGGCCUGCAAAUCAAAUUCCUUCGUACUUAUAAUUUUGUGAUGUCAGUGAUAUGUGAAAGUAAAAUUAUAAUUACAAGUAUUAAGGAAGUACACUGUGGAACUGUAAUGAACAAAUCGGUAAUAUAUUUGACCACUUUUUAGUCUUAUGCUUUUUAUAAGAACAUUGAUUUAUUACUUACUCUACACGUAUGAAAAACUGAUAUAUGUGUCUUAUUACAUACUCGGUUUUUCUUUCCUUUAAGUUAAAAGCGGAACCGGAAGCGUCAAUAUUUUUCCAUAGUGACAUCUGAAUUUCAUAUCGGGACGUGACAUCAUUUUAAUGUGUGUCGUUGCUUUAAUGUUUAUUAUUUACAUCAGUAUUGUUAAUUUUAUUCAAGCUAUUGACCAAAUGCCAUAAAUUUAUAUAAUGUUAAUAUAUGUAGAUAAAUAUGUCAUAGACAUAUAAUUAGCUUUACAUCAAGAAAUAAUCACGUUCUUUAGCGGAAUAAUAUUGCGCUCCUAAAGUAGAACAAUAUUUUCGCUACAGAACUUGUGCAUAAUUCUCGAUACUAAUGACCUAUAAGUACACAAGUAUAAUUUACCAGUCGCCAAAUGUCUGACCGCUUGGCCCUUUAAGAUCACGUGCCUGCACGAUAAUGCUAAAUAAUUUCCCUGAAGAUUUUGACGAAUAUAAGUUUCCUUACAAAACAUUAUUGUGACUAACAAAAUAGUUGUAUAUCAGCUCUAUGAAUUGUUUGGGCGAAAAAACACUGGAGUCGUUAAAUAGGCUGCGGGUUUUCGACUUUUAAAGUUGAUGGUCUAAUGUAACCCACUCAAAUGAAAAUCUUUAGAAUCGUUGCAUUUUUAACGCAAUGUCCACGUUUUGAGAGAAUUAACGUUCGGAUUAAUAUAUAUUUAUUUCAUUUUAUAUACAUUUCAUUAAAUCUUCUAAAAUUUUAACUUUACUUACUGUUAGUUAAGUCCAUAUACAAAGGGUUUCUCUUUUGUUAUUAUUAAACUGUAAGUUACGGUGAGAGUUUUAAUUCAAAAAUGAACAAGUUUUAUUUUUAGGGGUAGUGUAUGGAAAUCCGACAAGUCAGUGGUAUUUCAGCAUAAAUAAUACGGAUCCCAAGCGCAGUUUUGGGAUUCUUCAUUAUCGCGACAUUUUUUUUUAAUUAUUCAACAUUUUCAGUCGCGCCAUUUUCUAAAAAUUAUUCAACAUUUUAAGUCCGCUAUUUAUAUUUUUAAAUCGGUGUGGUAUUUACUGUAUCAGUAAAUUGUUGCAAAUGAGACCCUUGUUUUCUUAUGUAGAUAAUAAAUACCAACAAUAUUUUAAGAUUUUUUUUGAAAACAUAAGCAGCAGCAAUAAAUUUCUGACGAAAAAAAUGCUGCUUCGUAAAAUUCUUUUCAUGUUUUUCUUUGAAAACAAUAUUUGUUCAUUGCCAAAAUCAGAUUGUAUCUUAGGUUAUUACUGUUUUACCUUAGUUUCUAUACCAAAGAAAGUUGGAAAUCAACAUUUAUGUGUUUCACCUUAUUUAGUUAUUGAUUGUAUUUUGUAAAUUUUCGCACUAACUUCUUUAUCAAAUAGCGUGCACUUAGAGCACAAGGUUAACUUUAAACUAAAUGAUUAAAGUGUAUUGAAUAUUGUGCUAUAUUUUAAAGUUUGAUUAAAGUCUUAUUGUCUCGGCUUUUUUAUCUUCAGACGACGUAUAAAAAAAGACAAAACAUUAAACAUAAUUAUAUUUAAUUAUCUGUUCAACCCGGCGAUAAAUGAUAUGAACGUUUGUGUUAAAAUCAUUUUCUAAUUUGGUCAUAGAUAAGUGUGAUUGACAGGUGGAGACUGUUGGCGACUGGUCAAUUCUAUAUAAAUUUAAGUAUAAUUUCUUAUUUACUCUUUGUAAUUUUGCAUGCUGGUUACACAUUGUCUUUUUAAUUUCAUUACUGUAUCUGUGAUAACAACAAUUUUCAUACUUUCAUAUUACAGUCGCUGUUAACACUGUUUGUAUUACUGUUUUUGAUGAAAUGGAUGCCAGUUCCAAAAACUGGGCGAAAUUAUGUAAUGACUUGAAACACUUGAUCAUGGUAUACAUAUUAUUGUUAUACACAUAGAUCUGAAUAUGAGUUGUAUAUAUAUUAUAUUAUAUGAGCAUAUAUAGAAUGCCAUAGUUUGUGACAUUACUUUUAUUAUAGGUUUUGAUAUUAUUCUUAUGUAAAUAAACAGUGAACAAAAAUAGCACAGCAUAACAUUGUGCAAUAACGUUCAAGGGAAAUAUAGUUUGUUUAAAAAGUAAUAAAUUCAAAAUAAAAAAUAAUUGAAACUUUGGCUACACAAUCAUGUUGGAUAGUUUUUCCUGACAUAUGUGAUAAUAAAACAUUUAUUUUUAAUUA